AGCGAGAAGAUGGGGCCAGUCGCCUACUUCAGCCUCUGCCUCCUCGGCUGCCUGAUCUUUAGCCCUUCACUGGCAGGGGCACAAGACGUGUCCUGUCCCAAGGACUGGCUACCCUUCCAAGGCAACUGCUAUGGAUACUUCUUCCAAGAGAAAACCCGGCUAGAGGCUGAGGAGAGAGGUGGCGACAGGGGGUGGAAGCAGCAGGGCUCAGGGGCGCUGGGCUGGAGCUGGAGGCUGCGGGGAUGGGGAGGGUUAGGCUCAGUAUCAGAGUCAGUUGAGUGCCGGCACCAUGGGAAUGGGGCCCAUCUCGUCUCCAUUCAGAGUGCUGGAGAAAAUAAUAUGAUGGCCCAUUACAUCAAGUGGUACCACAAAAAGAACAGUCCCGUCUGGAUCGGACUGUUGGAUCUUGAGGAGAAUCGAGGCUGGAGAUGGGCUGAUAAAUCCCUGGUCAGCUUCAGUGCUUGGGAUAACGGGCAACCUGAUAAUCGUUUAGGAAAUGAGAACUGUGUAGUGUUAGAAAAUGCAGGUUUUCAGAAAUGGCACGAUUAUCCCUGUGAAGAGAGAUUCUCUUUCAUUUGUAAGCGCAAACCCUAGGGGAGGCAGCUCGCCUGCACCUGGGGAUUCCCAGCACCUGGGCUAUGAGUGAAUUCAGUUCCUCUGCCUGCCCUGGGGGACCAGGUCCUGUGUCCCCGGCUGCAAAGCCCCUUUGGCAAAGCUUCGCUGUGUUACGCUGUGUCACUCCCGCUCUGCUGUGCCCCCUUCUCUCCCUGUCGCACCCACGCUCUGCUCUUCUCAGCAAUCUCAGUACAGUGAUGUGAUAAUAAACUUUCCCUGGAGCUUUCA